ACUACUAGAAGUUUUAGCGUAAUGGCGAUUCCUUUUUGACAGUUGACUAUUACUUUUGGCGCACGUGUUUUCCUUACGUACCCGUCCUUAUUAAAAAAUUGAAUAAAAAUAUGAAUGCUGAAAAAUUGAAAAAGCUUCAAGCACAAGUACGUAUUGGUGGUAAGGGUACACCACGGCGUAAGAAGAAGAUUGUACACUCCACCCCCGCUACAGAUGAUAAAAAAUUGCAGUCAUCGUUAAAAAAAUUAUCGGUGAAUACCAUACCUGGGAUUGAAGAGGUGAACAUUAUCAAGAAUGAUGGUACUGUUAUACAUUUCAAUAAUCCGAAGGCUCAGGCUUCCUUGCCUACUAACACAUUUGCUAUAACGGGUCACGGUGAAAAUAAAUCUAUUUCGGAAAUGUUGCCUGGCAUUCUCACGCAGUUAGGCCCGCAGGAUAUAACGCAAUUGAAAAAGAUUGCUAGUGAAUUGGCUAACAAGAGUGCAUCUGCUGGUGCUAGUGUGGGCGCAGGUGCAACUUCAGCGGGUGAUGACGAUGUGCCCGAUUUGGUGGACAAUUUUGAAGAAGUGGCCAUUGGUGCAGCCACCACCGCCGCCAAACCUGAAUUCUGCUGUUAAAAAAAAAUUUAUAAAUUUUGCAUAGCUUAGUGCGCUCUUCUGGAAGGAAUUAUUUCGAAGGUGUAAUAAUAAGGGCUUAUCUCACAAUUAGCAAUUAUAACAACGUCAAAGCAGUGACUACCACACAUUACUAUAGCGAAACAAAAAACAACAACCACACACACAUAAACAUUUAUUUAAUAAUAGAAACACUCAGAUAGACAAACAUUUAGAAUUACGUUUGAAGAGGAAAGGGAGGGAAAUUAAGGUUAUCUUUCGCAAAACAAUUUGCUUUUAUUCUAGAGUAGAUGCUACGUAUGCAAUUAAAUUAUUUGUUUAAACCAAUAUGUUAUGGUUCAGUAAAGGGAGGAAACAAUAUAAGGAACUUAACAAAAGUGUACG